UAUUGUUGACAAAUGUGAGUUACUAUAAGUUGUGCAACUUAAGUUUUGACUCCAAACACUUCCUUGCAUUAAUUUCCCCCUACACUUGUAUUCAUAAAUACAGUAUAUGAGAAAGCCAGGUCCAUCAAACCCGUUGUUAGAUAGGGAUUGACAAAUCGUAUAUGAUAAUUUCAUCAGUCUACUCAACUGUGAGUAACCAUGCCAUCCAUUCAUGAUUCAAUGAAUGUCAAUUGACAAUCAAUAUAUACUAUAUACUGUGCCUGUUUGAUUUAGAUAGUGAGAUAGUCAUAGGACAAGGCCAUAAUGCAUGGUAUAAGUAUAAGUCAAUAAGUAACUUGCCAUAAUUCAAGUAUUGAUAGUUCGUAAAUAAUAGACUAUAGAAAAAAUCUAAAAUGCUUUGUUUAAUAUUUAAUGUUAUCAUCUAUACAAAAACAACAACAUUUUUUAUACUUUUUUUUUGAAUAAAAUUAAUUUUUUUCCUCUGAAGCUGGUAAUGCUACUUUCAUCCUGAAUUAGGCUAGGCCUGUAUUAUUAUGAGUAAAGAAGCAUUGCGCUCUACCCAUAGCAUACUAUGCUUAGGGCGCAUCUUGCCCUACCAACACCGGAGUAUUUUUAUUAGCCCCUUAGCCUUAUUCAGUUACUGAUUUAGAUUAUCCUAGGUCGCAUCCUAAUGGUUUAAAGACUCUUUCUCACAGUUUUAGUUACUUGCCAUAUAUAUUAAGAUGUCAUAUGCAACAUAUAACAUUUAUACCAGAGUAGUAGGUCUAAUUAAAAAUAUUCCUUUAUUAGUCUUUCUAUGUAAAUAAUAUAUUAUUAUAUAAUUUGAAAUAUUCUUAUCAGUAACCAAUAGAUCUAAUUCACUGCUGAGUAAUUGAAGACUAUGCCCAUUUUUUAUUUAUAGUAUUAGCCGUCUUGCUGUUCAGGCUAGGUAUGUUAACUACUGGUAUAUAAAAGUAAUGGUAACAAUAAAUUUACUAUUUACUGCCAUAAUAAAUAUAGCAGAUCCAUGGUCCACCAUAGACUUCAAGCUAUUUUUCUGCUGCAAUAAACAUAGCACUCACUAAAUGUACAAAAAUUUACAUUUUGCUAAAGCUGUGAUUACUAAUGCAGCAAAAUUUGACUAUAAAAAGAAAUACUGAGUAAAUUAAGUAUGUUUAAAGAUUUUGAAUUGUCAAUUUGGAAUGUAAUCACUAGCCUGAGCCCAGGUUUUUAAUUGUCUAUAAUUAAUCAUUCAUACAUACUGGAUUUAUAUCUGAAAUGUUUAUGGGAGUGAAUUCAUAAUUAUGCCUCAAAAUUUUAUUUAAUACAUGAUGUUGGAGCACUCUUCAUCUCUAUUUGAAAUUAUUCUUUAAAGGCAGAUGAACGUUAUUUUAAUUAUCAUUGAUGUAAAUAAAUUUUUUAUUUAUUUCAAGAUUUAAAAAAGAAUGUCUGGAAAGAUUGUGCAACCAACUGGGCAAAAACGAUUAACAAAUGUAGCUAUUGUUAGACUGAAAAAAGGCGGAAAACGUUUUGAAAUCGCUUGCUACCCUAAUAAAGUAUCUCAGUGGCGAAGUAAAAUGUAAGUAUAUUUACACAAAAUUAUUAAAAUUUAGAAUCUAAUAAAGCAUCUCAGUGGAGAAGUAAAAUGUAAGUUUAUUUACACAACAUUAUUUUUAAAAUUAAGAGCAUGUUAGUUUUUACUCCCCGUGUGGCAUAGUGGUUGUGUUAUUUGCCUCUUGACCAAGAGCCGACAGGUUUGAAUUCUUCAUGGCAGCCUAUUGGCCAAGUAAGGUAGCUAUUUUUGAGAAAAGGUGAACUCUGUUAGAAAAAACUGAAUGAAAAAAAAGCAACGAAAAACAGCAGCCGAAAUGGCAUGGGAUUAAAAAUUGUCUGUCUAUGCAAAAAAGGCUGUAGUCUACCAGUUAAGUAGUUAUAGCUGCUGGAAUAAAUCUGAGUGUAAAAAAAUACUGUAUGAAAUAGCCACUUUGAUAAAAGGCAAAUAAAUUUUCAAUCCAUAGUGUGCAGUUUUUGGAUGAGAUUAUUUGGCAUUUGUGGUGCAAAAUAUACUAUAAUAACAUAUAUAACUUUCAUUUCAAAUUGGUAUUUUUCUUAACAUGUUAAUAAUGUUAUAUUACUAUUACCGUAUUUUCGCGUAUAUUAGACGUGUCUUAUACAACGUUUUACGUACCCUCCACCCAGGGUGCGUCUUAUAUAUGGGUGCAUCGUAUGUAAAAUAUUUUUUACACAAAUCUUCAAAACCCGCAUCUUAUACAUGGGUGUGUCUUAUAAUUAGGAGUGUCUUAUAUGAGUGAAAAUACUUUAAAUAUUUUUAACUGCGGUCCUGCCUCAGACAAUUCUUUGAUCUAAAAUAAAAAUGGUAAUGAAGCUUGUUUACAUCCGGUGGGUGAUGAAACAUUGGUCAAAUUUUCAUUAUGAUAAAGGAAAGGAAAUCACUGGAUAAAAAUUGCUCAGUGCGGCAGAUGGCUAGGCCGGGUGCGUCUUAUGCAAUUUUUGUUUACACAAAUUAUCAAAACUCGUGUCUUAUAUUUGGGUGCCACUUAUAUGCGCAAAAAUACGGUAAUACUAUUAAUCUUUUUAAAGAUUUACAGCAUAUGAAAAUAAGUCACAACUCAUGAGUAUCUUGCUCAGUGGUACAUUUUAAAGCAUAUUUUUUGCAGUGAAACAGACAUUGAUGAAGUUUUACAGACACCAAAAGUAUUCACGAAUGUUUCAAAAGGAGAGUUUGCCAAAAUGGCAGACCUGAAAAAAGUAUUUGACAUAGAUGAUGAAACAGAAAUCUGCAAGUUGGUGAGUCAUCAUAAGGAACAAUUUUAUUCAUAUUGGGACAAAGGUUUUCAUUUGAUAAUCUAUUAUUUUCUACAUUAAAAUUCUUGGAACCCCCACAAAAGAAUCAAACUUGAUAAUCCAAUUUUUUUUUAAACUUUAAAGAGAUGAAAAAACAUUAAUGACAUAGUGAAAUUAGAAAGGUUAAAGAGAGAGAGAGUUCAAAAGUGUCUUUUCUCAUAACAAAAUAUUCUUGAUAUUUUCUUUUUUCACUCAUGUAAUAAAACUUUAAAUAUACAAAAAUAGAAUAUACAAUUUGAAUGGGUGGAACUUAUUUUUAAUUUGGAAAAGCAUUUAAUAUCAAAUAUUAUUUUAGAGGGAAACUUGUUUGGGGUUUCUGGUAAAUUAAAUUAACCACUUGCAGUACAAAUCAUUGUCAAAGUAAUAGAUUUGUACAUGAAUACAAUAUGUGAAUUUCAGAUUCUUAGUAAAGGAGAGCUUCAGGUAUCAGAAAAAGAGAGGGCAGCCCAGCUGGAUGAAAUGUUUCGCGACAUUGCUACUUUAGUGGCUGACAAAUGCGUGCAUCCUGAGACAAAGCGUCCCUACCCUGUCACAAUGAUUGAAAAAUCCAUGAAAGCAAUGCACUUCUCAGUCAAGCCAUCAAAAAAUACAAAACAGCAGGUUGCUUUAAGUUUUUACUUAAACUCUUUUUUAAGUGAACAUCUAUAAACGGUGUAGCUCAAAGUAGGGCCACCAGUAAAUUAAAUUUUUUUAAAAAUUGUUCAUAAUAUGUUACAGAAAAGUAGAUAUAUUUGGUAUAUGUCUGUGUUGAGAAAUGAUGUGUAAGAUUGCUGGAAAUUUCUUUAGCAAAAGUGUGAGCUCUGGAUAAAGUCAACUGUUCUAUUUGAGUUAGAGACAAUCAUUUAAGUAUAUUGCUAUGCAGUCCUUUAAUCUGUUACGUUGCUUCCCUAUAUUUUAAACAUUUAGCUGCAUAAGUCAAACUAAGAGGACAAGAAUUAACUAGUUAAAUGAGUUUCUUGAUUUUUUAAAGAAAAAAUAAGACAAGAGCAAAUAUCUCAUAAACUUUAUAAUGAAGGCUUGAAAUGUUUGUUCUCUUGACAGGGUAACACUUAAUAAAAAGUAUAACUUUUUUUUUUUAAACCUUAAGGCUCUAGAUGUAAUCAAACAGUUAAAGGAGACAGGAACACUAGAGAUCCAGAGAGCACUUAUGAAACUAAGAGUUGCUGUACCUGGUGAGUUUUAUUGAUACCUUUAUCAGUGCGGCUCCCCUUCCCCCCUCCCAAUAUAUUUUGGGCAUCUCCCCCAAUUAUGCUACUUUUGCAUUCAUCAAUGGGACUCCUUUUUGUUCAAUGGCAUAUUUUUAUAAAACUUUUAAAUAAAGGAAAAAAAUGACUGAAAUUGUCUGAAUGAGACUAGUGGGUGUCAUGUCAUCAAAAUGCAAAUCAUUAGAAGAAAAAAAAUUCAAGAUAAAUUAAUUUAACUGUAUUAUUUUGUUCAUGAACAGGUAAAUCUGGUAAAAAAGUGAGGGAACACCUUCGCAAAAUUGCUCUUGAGGUAGAAGAAGACAGCUUUGAAGAUGAUUUAGAGAUGGUGAGUUAUACUUUUUAGAAAUGAAAAAAAGAAAUUAUAAUUAAAGAUAAAUUCAUCACAAGCACAUUAUUUCUCAUAGUCUUAGCUAAUUUUAAAUUUGCAUUAUCAGCAAGUUGAAAGUUUAAAUCUUGAAGUUAAGAAGUUUUAAACAUUCAAUUAAAGUGUCAUAAAAAUUUCCAGUCACUGAGGCCAGGGUUUACUUGAAAUGCUUGAAAUCAGAGAAUGUCACUGCCAUCGCUGAGAAGAAGGCAAAGUUAAAUGGAGGGAGACAGCCAUUUUUUUAAAAAAGCUCUUAAAACGGCCCAAGCACUCAAAAACAUUUUUGAGGCUGAAGAGGACCUCAACAUUGAUUUAGGCACUUUUACCACUGAUAUAGUAAAAGUAGCCAUUCACAUGCUGAAAUAUAGCAAGGAACAAGGAGAUGACAAAAUUUGUAGAGAGAUGCUUAAGACAGAUGACCAGACAAAGCCAAGAACCCUGUAGAAGAGAUCUCUGGUGGUAAUAUCAAAGGUUGGGUGCUUUCCUUGCCCCAAUCUGACAUUCCAACCCCUCCCCCCUCCCCCGGCAAGCACUAUACUAUUAGAUUAUUAGAUUUCAUCUUAAGCAAGGGGAAACCUUUCAAAACAAAGUAUUGAUGUGGAUACUCUAUUCAAGAAAGUAAAUGGCAGGGAUUUCAAGUAUAGAUAUAUUUUAAGAUGUAAUAAAAAAAAAAAUGAAAAAUUUGAUUUCAUCAUUACUCCAGAAGUCAUGAAAUGAUGCUAAUGACUUGGAGUACUUGGAGACAGACUUAAGUUUCUUUAUUUGUCAAUCACACUUUCAGGAUACUUCAAUCAAGAAAAUAAUCAACAAAUUUUAAUGCUAUUUCUCUAGUAAAUAGUUAUUUGAAGGUUUCAGCUCCAAUAGUUGGAAUAUUUAUAGCAUAUUGUAUGAAAACACAAAAAUAAGACUUAAACUUUUCUUUUUUUGUGGUCAAUUUUGAUUGAUAAUUUGUUUAUUUGAUUGGUAUUUACUUCUGCUAUUUCCAUUUCCGCAACAAGAACUUGGUGAAGAAUUGUAAUUACUUUUAUUUCUGAACUGAAGAUUGCUAUCAAGGGCAAACGUUCACCAAGUUGUGUUUUACUUUAGAAAAUUCUUGAAGAAUGUUUCAUCAAGAAUUUUGAACGAUGAUUUUAAAGAAAAGAAAUUUAUUUUUAAAUACACUACGAAAAGAAAUUAUCAAAUUUUUGGAUUAGAAGCAGAAAUCAACACAGACUUAAACAAAUUUGAGCACCCCGUGUCUCAGUAACGUGUAUAAUUUCAUAAAUACUAUUUUUAUCAUAGGUAAUACUCGUGGAUCCAGGGUGUUACAGGGAAGUCUUUGAUUUGGUCACUUCAGAAACAAAGGGCAAAGGUCAAGUGGAGAUGAUCAGUCUCAAAGAAGUUGAAGAAGGGGAAGAGAAAUUAUAGCGGAAAUCAAAUUCAAUUAUUUUGCCAGCCAAUGUGCAAAAUAAAAUAGCCUGUCUAACGGGUUAUCUCUAUAAUUAGAGGUUAUUUAUUUAAUACCUAAAAAAUUACUAUAUGGAUCAAGCAUGCAUCUUACCUGAGAUUAUUUAAUUUCACCUACUGUACCUUUAAUUUGUGAAUUAUGAUUGAGUUUGUGAACUAGCCGGCAAGGCCACCAGUAUAUUCUAGCUAUUUCCUUGGUGCCAUUAUGAGCCCCACUUUUAUAGCUUUAAUUUAUGUAUACUUGAAAAUAUUGGCUCGGCUAACGGGAAGAUGAUAAGAAUAAUGUCACAGAAUAAUCAGAGUCCUUUAGUGGACCAGAUCAAUGUGGCAACAUUUUAGUUAACCUUUAAUUCAGGAUUGUGCUGUGUAUUCCCAUGUGAAGCAAUGUAACUGCUUAUUGUGUAACAAAACCAAUCAAAAUUAAUGCUGCAGUAAAUGGUACAGGCUAGAGAAAAAUGAGCAUGUAGGAAUGUGUAAUCGAAUAAUGAUAUGUUGGUUAGUCAAAACACCCAGGCAAAGUUAUGAGGGUAACAAAAACCCUAAGUUCUCUGGUACCUGUUAAUGCUCUGUUGCAAAUCUUGUAAUUAUGUCCCCCAGAUGUAUAUUUUAAACAUGUUAGGCCAUGUUUGUUAGUACAUUGAAAAUCUUUACUUUUUAUGACAUUUUGAACUGGCAGAAUUGAAAAAAGUUUCUCCCAAGCUUAAACCACAAUGAGAAAAUAAUGGUAUUGCUUCUAUCUCAACUAGUGGGGAUGACAUGACCCAAUUUUGGCUUAACCCUUUUGAGAUGAUGAUUGAAUACUUCUAUAGUGCUUGUGUCCAUGCUAUUUUAGCAUUCUCACAGCGCUCUGAUGUCCUAAAAUCUAUUUAAUGAAAAAUGUCUUUUUAAAUGUUUCUUAAAUGACUUUUUAUCACUUUCAAUUUCCCUCAAAGAUUGAGGCAAACUGUUCCACAAUAGCUUUAAAAGAGCGCACUCCAUAUGGCUUCUUUCUGUGUCCAUCCACACUGGGAACUCUCAGUAAAGACUGUGAUGAAGAGCACAGGUUCUGUAUGGAUAGGAGAUCUAUUGGCCCAUAGUAGAAUGGUCCACCCAUUGGCCCAUAGUAGAAUGGUCCACCCAUUGGCCCAUAGUAGAAUGGCUCAUCUUUGUAUAAACUGAUCAGAUUGCUUCUACAAUUUCUUGCCAUCUCACCAAUUUAAUGGUGGCUUCCAAUGAUAGUUUACAGUAAUUUUUUUUUGUACCUAGUGAUGCCUACAAAUGCUUUAACUCUUUCCGUGCCAAUCUGGUUGUGUUCGUGCCAACCCACAAUAUACUGUUGAUAUCAUUUAUGUAGUUUAUUUCGUUUCUUGUGGCUCUUAAUCCGACAUUUUUUGUUCUUAAACGAAGGAUAACUCUUACUACUUCCUUUUUUUAAGAAGUAGGGCAUGUUUGCAUGUGUUUUUUCUAAUAAUAGUUCAAUUUCUGUUGAACCUUUUGUAAACAAAGCCAUGGCCACACCCCCUCCAAACAUGUCAGCUGUUGCUAGACCACGUACGAAGUCAAUUUUGCAAACAAAAGAACUUUUAUUGCUAAUUAUUGAUGCUGAAACAACAGACAAUAACCAUGAAUCAUUUGAAUGUGAUUCCAAUGAUGAUUUUCAACAUUCUGAUGGGUCGGUAAAUGCCAAAUGGAAAUAGUAAUAGAAUGGUGAUAGUAAUAGUAAUUGUGGUGACUGUCGGCACUUUCAUAAAAAUUUCAAAACAUU